AUGCUCCACAGGCAGCGUCAGGCUGCCCAGGCAUCUGCGGGAGAGACCCUGGGGGCGUCCGGACCGCCUCCGCCCCCUAUCUGCACCGCGGUCCCCAGUCCCCGCCCCCAGAUUCUGCUCACUGGGCACACAGGCCCAGGCGGUGUCGUGAGUUUGGAUGACCUCAUCCUGUCGGACCACUGCCAGCCAGUCCCAGAGGUGUCUGGAUCACCUCUUGGGCUCUGGGCCGCAGCCCCCUGGCGCCAGCCGUCCAGCCUGCGGCCCCGGGACUUCUGCGAGCCGGGACAUCUUUCCUGCGGGGACCUGUGCGUCCCCCCAGAGCAGCUCUGUGACUUCCAGCAACAGUGCGAGGGGGGCGAGGAUGAGCAGGACUGUGGCACCACGGACUUCGAGCCCCUCACAGCGGGGGGCUGGGAGGAUGCCAGCGUGGGGCGGCUGCAGUGGGGGCGUCUCCUGGCCCAGGAGAGCCGGGGCCCUGGCGCAGGCGCCCGCAGGACCGCUGCUGGGCACUUCCUGGCCCUGAAGAGGGCCUGGGGACAGCUCGCGGCAGAGGCCCGGGUCCUCACACCUCCCCUGGGUCCUUCGGGCCCCCGCUGUGAGCUCCACAUGGCUUACUAUUUCCAGAGUCACCCCCAAGCCCCCUCCCUUGUGCUCCUCACGAAGCUGGAGUUUGUCGGCCUGGUGGACUUGGACGGCCCUGGCCGGCAGGGCGCUGGAGUGGACGAUGUGACCUUGAAGGACUGCAGCCCCGUGACAGCCACUGAGAAGGACUCAGAGGUCUCCUGUAACUUCGAGCGGGACAUGUGCGGCUGGUACACCGGCCACCUCACAGAUGCCCACUGGCGCCGGAUCCAGAGCCACGGCCCCGGGUACGACCACACCACAGGCCGAGCUCAGCCCGGUGUCCCUGCCGCAGGCUACUUCUUGCUCCUGGACCCCACGGACCCCCCAGCCCGGGGCCCUGGUGCCCACCUGCUCACCCAGCCCCAGGUGCCCACAGCUCCUCAGGAGUGCCUCUCCUUCUGGUAUCACCUCCACGGGCCCCAGAUCGGGACACUGCGCCUGGUGCUGAGGCGGGAAGGAGAGGCAGACACGCUCCUGUGGUCACGGACCGGCACCCACGGCAACCACUGGCAUGAGGCCUGGGCCACCCUCCACCACCAGCCGGGCUCUGGCACCAAGUACCAACUGCUGUUCGAGGGCUCCCGGGACGGCUACCACGGCACGAUGGGCCUGGACGACGUGGCCCUGCGGCCCGGGCCCUGCUGGGCCCCCAGGCGGUGCUCCUUUGAGGACUCAGCCUGUGGCUUCUCCAGCGGGGGCCAAGGCCUCUGGACGCGCCAGCCCAAUGCCACGGGCCAUGCCGCCCGGGGCCCCCGCGCUGACCACACCACGGGGACGGCUCAAGGGCACUACAUGGUGGUGGACACGAGCCCCCAGGCCCUGCCCCCCGGCCACGUGGCCUCCCUGACCUCAGAGGAGCACCAGCCUCUGGCCCGGCCUGCCUGCCUGACCUUCUGGUACCACCUGAGCCUCAGAAACCCAGGACCUGAGGUGGGGAGGCCCCCGACCCCCGAGACAGGCAGCAGCCAAGACCAGGGGCUCCAAGUCCCACUGGAGGUCAGUGACGAGCCCCACCGCUCGUGGGCCACCGUGGGGAAUGCCACCAGCCCGUGGCAUCGCCUUCCCCGUGGAGGCUUCCCCACAGGAGGUCUGCAGUGA